AUGGCACCGGACAGUGAAACUGCCGAGUAUGAUGUCGUCAUCGUCGGCGGAGGCCCCGUCGGCUUGCUCAUGGCAUACCAGCUACGGCGCUUUGGUGUUAGAGCCUGCGUGGUCGAGCAGUAUGAAAAGGAGACCCAAGACGCCUACGGCCGCGCCAUCGCGCUGUUUCCGCGGACGACGGAACAGCUCGACCAACUCGACCUCAUCGAGCCGAUGCUGCAGCUCGGAUUCGCCUGCCGAACGAGUGUGACGUACAAGGAUGGAGAGAGAGUGAUGCCCGGUCGUGUGUGGACGUUCAUGGAAAAUAUCAAGGACACCACCUACGACUUCGUACUGGUGCUACGCCAGAUGUACACGGAAGCCAUAUUCCGAGAAAAGCUUGAGUCAAUAGGAGCGUCUUAUUAUCAGGCAAUCCAGUGCAUCGACUUUCAAGUGGACGAGUCGGCACCGCUAGACUCGCAUGCUGUAACAUCUGUAUUUACAGACAAGCGAACCGGGAGGACGUUCCAUCUGAAGAGCAAAUACCUCAUCGGCGCAGACGGCGGGCGCAGUUUUGUUCGCGGACACGCCGGUAUCCCCUUCGACGGCGACACGACGGAGGACCAGUGGAUUCGUAUCGACGGUCUCGUGGAGACAGACAUGCCACUCAACCGCUCGUAUGGUGCCAUCGAAAGCCAGACGCACGGAAACGUCCUUUGGGCCCCCCUCGACUACGGAGCCACGCGCAUCGGCUACGCUUAUACGCCUGAGAUUGCCGCCAAGUAUCCGGGGGGCGUGACUGAGGAGGUGGCGGUGAAGGAGGCCAUUGAGUGUAUGAAGCCGUUCAAAGUAAAGUUCAAAGAAGUUCACUGGUGGACGCUAUAUACUAUCGGUCAGCGCAUUGCCCGUGGAUUUUCGGCCAAGGACCGCAUCUUCCUCUGUGGCGACGCGGCUCACACUCACAGCAGCGGCGCCGCGCAGGGUCUCAAUACUGGUAUCCACGACGCCGUGAAUCUCGGCUGGAAGCUUGCCCUUCAGAUACGGGGCAUCACACAAGACUCUGUGCUCACAACUUACUCCCCCGAGCGCAUGACGGCGGUGCAGAAGCUCAUCGACUACGACCGCGAUAUCGCGACGCUCAUGUCUCGCAAGUGGCCCGUUUGGUACCAGGGAGACACCACGGAGGACCCGUACCUGAUGCUCGGCGAGAUUUUUGAGCAGGCCGCUUCCUUUAACACGGGGCUGGGCAUCUCGUAUCCGGCGAACGUGGUGAACAACCAGCCAUCACCAAUGGGACUGCACGUUGUCCCGGGCGCGCGGCCGCCUGACGUGGAGCUCACGAUGCCCGGCACGAACCAAAAGAUAAGGUUCCAGCGGGUCACGCGCAAUGUUGGUAAAUUCUGGGUGGUGGUAUGCACGGGCAACAUCGAGUCCACGCGGCCGAUGGUUCUCAGCUUGGACCAGUAUAUAAGAGCCGAGGUGCCCGAGCUUAAGGACCAUGAGGCUGUGGGGUGGGUAACGUUGACGCUGUCGGUUGAGUGCUCGCCAUACGAGGCCAUUGGCAUGAAGCCAUUUGGUGACACGUAUUAUGACCCCACCAACAUGGCGCAUGGGAAGUUUGGCAUCGAAGCGGACAAGGGCGGCAUUCUCGUGCUUCGACCUGACGGGCUUCUUGGAAGCGCGGGGCCAUUAGAGGGACUUUGGCUCAAGGAGUAUUUCUCUCAUGUGCUCAAGUUGUCCGGGAAGAAGGGAGUAAACGGACAUAAGGCAUAG